AUGGUUUUACCCCGACCCGAGCCCAUUGCCAUUGUAGGUAGCGGCUGUCGGUUUCCAGGCAGCUCAAGUUCCCCCUCAGCGUUAUGGAACCUCCUGGAGAAGCCGAGGGAUGUGUCUAAAGAGCCCCCUAAUGAGAGGUUCGAGCUCAGGGGCUACUACCACCCCAAUGGAGCGCACCACGGAACGAUGAAUGUGCAGCGCGCAUACAUGCUCGAUGAGGAUGUUGGCACAUUCGACGCCACGUUUUUUAAUAUUAGCCCCAAUGAGGCUGAAUCCAUCGAUCCUCAACAGCGGCUGCUGAUGGAAGUGGUAUACGAGGCUUUGGAAGCCGGUGGCCAUCGUCUCGACAUACUCCGUGGCUCAGACACCGCCGUUUUUGUUGGUACAAUGUCUGUCGACUAUAACGACAUCAUGUUGCGGGAUAUCAACAGCAUACCAACAUACUUCUCCACUGGCACUUCCCGGGCUAUUCUUGCUAACCGUGUUUCUUACUUCUUCGACUGGCACGGACCGUCAAUGAGUAUUGACACCGCAUGCUCCUCGAGUAUGGUUGCGCUGCAUCAGAGUGUACAGGCACUACGGUCAGGAGAGUCUCGGGUAGCUAUCGCCGGUGGUACCGAAUUACUGCUAGGACCAGAGCAAUUUGUGGGUGAGAGCAAAAUGAAUUUACUGUCCCCGACUGGGCAGUCACGCAUGUGGGACGCUAGUGCGAAUGGAUACGCCAGGGGCGAUGGCAUCGCAGUGAUUGUGCUCAAGAAACUCAGCGACGCCAUCGCUGAUGGAGACCACAUUGAAUGUCUCAUUCGCCAGACGGGGAUAAAUCAAGAUGGAAAAUCCACUGGCCUGACAGUUCCCAGUUCAGAGGCUCAGGCAGACCUCAUCAGAUCGACUUAUACCAAGGGCGGGUUGGAUAUCGAUAAUCCGCGAGAUUGGCCGCAGUUCUUCGAGGCUCACGGCACGGGUACCAAAGCUGGUGACCCCCGUGAAGCCUCCGCGAUCAGCCAAUGUUUUGGAAGCCAGCCAAUCCAUGGAAAUCCCUUAUACGUUGGAUCCAUCAAGACUAUCAUCGGCCAUACAGAAGGUACAGCCGGAUUGGCUGGUGUUUUCAAGGCUUCUUUAGCCAUCCAGCACGGUAUAAUCCCCCCUAACAUGCUCCUCAAUCAGCUAAACGAUGAGGUUGCGCAAUAUUGUGACAAUCUCCGCGUCCCCAAUUCCCUAACAGCAUGGCCUAAGUUGCCAGACGGUGUCCCUCGACGAGCGAGCGUGAACAGUUUCGGCUUUGGCGGCACCAAUGGACACGCCAUUUUGGAGGAGUACCAGCCACCCACAGAGACAAGAAAUACCGCGAUCACAGGAAGUGAUGAAACCAACGCAUCAGUGUUCAGGGUCUUCCCAUUUUCUGCAGCCUCUGAAGAGUCUCUAGCUGCCAAUCUACGCGCUUAUGCUAGCUCUCUAAAGACUCAGACCACUGUCGAUCUGGCUGACCUGGCCUGGACGCUUCAGUCGCGCAGAUCGGCUCUGUCCUUCAAAACAUCCCUGACUGCUGAGAGCGUAGAAGGGUUGGUCUCCAAGAUUGAUAGCACGGUCGAAAAAGCCAAGGCCGACGGUGGAUCGAACGUUGGUACGCGAUCAGCUCCUGCCAAGCCCAGAGUAUUGGGUGUCUUCACCGGACAGGGAGCACAGUGGGCGACAAUGGCUGCUGGUCUGAUCCAAUCCUCAGAAACCGUACGUUUGAAGAUCGAGGACCUUGAUAACUCUCUCGCUACGCUGCCCGAAGGCGACCGUCCGACAUGGCGAAUCGCAGACCAGCUUUGCCUCAACGCCGAAGCUUCCCGACUCAAUGAAGCUGCCCUCUCACAACCCCUUUGCACAGCCAUCCAGGUAGUAUUGAUUGAUCUACUACGGAGCUCUGGCAUCACGUUUGAGGCCGUCGUGGGGCAUUCAUCGGGUGAGAUUGCAGCCGCAUAUGCUGCCGACUUUAUCUCCGCCCACGAUGCUAUCCGCAUUGCCUACUACAGGGGCUUGUAUGCCGGACUCGCCCGUGGUCCCAAGGGCCAGAAGGGUGCCAUGAUGGCAGUUGGAACGACUUGGGAGGACGCAGAAGAACUCCUCAAUUUACCGGCGUUCAGGGGGCGCGUCAAGAUUGCCGCUCAGAACUCAGCCGCUAGUCUCACACUCUCCGGUGAUAUUGAGGCUCUCUCACACAUCAAGAGAGUGUUUGACGAGGAAAAGAAAUUCACCAGGCUCUUGGUUGUAGAUACUGCGUACCACUCCCAUCACAUGCUGCUGUGUAGUGAGCGCUAUAUCCGGGCUCUCCGCACCUGUGGCGUUCAGAUCAACUACGACCGCGACACGUCUUGCACAUGGUACUCCAGCGUUAAGCAUGGCGAGCCAAUGCACCCUGAAGCUUCGCUCGGUGAUCUCUACUGGAAUGACAACAUGGUGAAUACGGUUCUCUUCGCUGAUGCUGUCAAGGGCGCAGCCAAGGGAAGUGACUUGAACCUCGCAAUCGAAGUUGGGCCCCAUCCAGCACUCAAAGGUCCUGCCUUGCAAACCCUCUCUGACCUCCAGAUCUCUCUUCCCUACACUGGUGUUCUGAAGCGGAAGGGGAAUGAUUUGGAGGCGUUCUCGGAUGCCCUAGGCUUUGUAUGGACUCAUUGUGGACCUGGUGCGGUUGACUUCCAGCCCUACGAGGAACUGGUAUCUCCUGCUUAUAAGGCUCCUUCGCUGGCCAUUGGUCUCCCGGCCUACCAAUGGGACCAUAAGCGACUGUAUUGGUACCAGUCACGCCUGGCAAAGAAGACACAAAUUAGGGGAGAGACUUUCCACGAGCUGCUCGGCGUUCCGUCCCCGAACAACACGGAUCGUGACCUUCGAUGGUCCAACUUCCUCAAAGCCAAUGAAAUUCCAUGGCUAAAUGGACAUCAGUUGCAAGGUCAGACCGUCUUCCCAGCUGCGGGAUAUGUGGCAAUGGCAUUGGAAGCGGGCCUCAAGCUCGCGCAAGGUAGGAGCAUCAAAGUACUCCAAAUCGACGACUUGACCAUUGACAAGGCUGUGAUCUUCGAUGAUGGCGCCAAUUUUGCGGUAGAGACACUUGUCACCCUUACUGGCAUUACCCCUGGCCAAUCUCCCAUCAAGAAACAAACAGCCGACUUUUCCGUUUACUCGUGUGCGAACACAGGGUCCACUGAGUUGAGCGUUGUAUCCAAAGGCAAGGUCACGAUUGUUUAUGGAACUCCAUCGUUCUCUACGCUUCAUUCCUCACCACACAAUGAACAAAACAUGGUAGAUAUUCAAGCUGAACAGUUCUAUUCCUCGCUGCACGAACUCGGCUACGGCUACAAUGGCCCCUUCAAGACCUUGUCCUCAACCAAGAGAAGCCUCAACCAGGCCUCGGCCAGAGUGUCGACGUACGGCUAUCGUGAAGAUGAGAACACUCUUAUUAUUCACCCCACAAUGCUGGACGUGGCAUUCCAGGCGUCCUUCCUUGCCCGAAUGAGCCCGGGAGACGACCAGCUGUGGUCACUACAUGUGCCCACUUCGAUCAAGUCUAUUCGCGUGAACCCGGAGCUCUGCGCCUCACUGCCUAGCUCCCCAACGAGUCUGUCGCUCUCUGCGGUCCUUCACGAAUCUGAUUCACUCUCCAUGCUUAGCAGUGUCGAUGUCUUUACGGAAGACGGCCAGGAGACGCUGAUUCAGGUAGAGGGCUUGUCGAUGAGGCCUUUUUCUCCGGCAACAGCUGAUGGUGACCGCUCUAUGUUUUCAACAACCGUGUAUGGUCCCAUGUCCCCUGAGGUGGCUACGGCUGUGGGUAACGGUCUUCCUUCCACUGAAGACCUAGUUGUUUCGGACUCUACUCUCGGUCAGCUCUAUCCCCAAGGUCUCGGAUCUUCUCAAUGCAACCGCUCGCUGGCUCGAGUCGUACAACAGAUUAUGCACCGGUAUCCACAUGCAAAGAUCCUUGAAAUAGGCGCACGGGCGGGACAUGCUACGAGGGCGGUUUUAGAAUCGAUUGGCAGCAAGCUGUCGUCCUACACUUUCACCGAUUCGUCGACGGAGGCCAUCGAAAAGGCAGCGGAGUCUUUCAAGGAGUUCAAGGAGAAGCUUAUUUUCAAGACAUUUGACCCUCUUGACAAGCCAUUCCCCCAAGGGCUCGACGACUAUUCUUAUGACGUGGCCAUUGCAUCUAAUGCGUUGACAAGCAACUCGGUCUCACAAGCUGAGUUAGAAAACAUUCGACGCCUCUUGAAGCCGGGAGGUUAUUUCUUAGCUUCUGGACUCAUUGGUGAUGCCCCCGCCAGGACACAAGUUGUGCUGGGGGCUCUGGAAGGAGGGACUACUGAUGGCAAUGACGUGCGCAAGCACGGUCUUGGAAGCACUGCUCUCUGGCAUGGAGCUCUUCGAAAGGCUGGAUUCUCGGGUAUUGAUUCCAUAACACCGCAAACCAAUGGAAUAGCAUUGCCAUUUUCUGUCAUCGUCACCCAAGCCGUGGACAAACGAAUCAAUUUCUUGCGGAAGCCACUAUCGACGACCUCAUUUGUUCCAUUGGAUGAGCUGGUUAUUGUUGGCAAUCAGUCACUCAAGGCAGCGCAGCUCACCGAAGAAAUCUACGAUCACCUAAUUCAGUUCUGCGGCAAGAUCAUCGUACUGGACGGUCUUCCAACUGAUGAGGACGACAUCUCCUCAAUGGCCACGUUCGUCAAUCUAGCCGAUAUUGACGAGCCCAUUUUCCGCAAUGUCUCCGCAGAGAAAUUCGAAGGCCUGAAGUGUCUCUUUGAGCUCGCGAGUAACAUUCUUUGGGUGACUGAAGGCGCCAGAGCAGAUGAACCGUAUCAUAAUGCCAGCAUUGGAUUUGGCCGUUCAAUCGCAUACGAGAUGCCGCACCUGUCUCUGCAGUUCCUCGACCUAAAUGACACCGGGAGCACAGCAUCUCGGGCUAUCAGCGAAGCUGUUCUGAGGCUCGUUGCCCUCCGAGAAUGGACAGAGACCGAACAUAACUUCAAAGAGAAGACAUUGUGGUCAAGAGAACCCGAGCUAUAUGUGGAGAAAGACCGCCUUAUGGUGCCGCGUCUACUUCCGGUGGACGAUCAAAAUGCCAGGAUCAACUCUUUGAGGCGAGUAGUCACCAAAACGGUGGACCCAGAUAACUCUUCCGUUCUCAUCUCCACGGCUGUUGGUGGAUCCUUUGUGUUGCGAGAAGGGCCAAUCCGUCAGUCUGGUCAGACUUUUGUCCAGGUUAAGAACUCCGUUUUAUCUGCCAUCAAGGUCGCCCCUGAGACUUUCUUGUUCCUCGGGGCUGGUCAAAGCCAAGCCACCGGCGAGUUUGUAAUCACGCUUUCAGACACCAACGCAUCGACGGCCACUCCCUUCGCCCAUGUUCCCGCACUGUGGCACACAGAUAGACUUCCUACGCUGCUAUCCGCUGUCGCUAAGCAGCUCCUAGCCCGGGCACUGCUUUCUAUGGUGAUUGCUCACAGCCAUUUGCUCGUCCACGGUCUCGAUGAGAACGAGUCGUUUGCCUCCACGUUGAAACAACAAGCGGCUGUUAGAAAUAUUGAGGUCAGUUUUAGUACAGCAAGCCUCACGGCAAACUUUGAAUGGAUCCGGGUAGCCGCUUGGACAUCAAGUCACGUCGCCAGACAGUCAAUUCCAGCAACGACCACCCAUUUCCUUGACCUCUCUAGCGAUGAUGAAAAUCGAGAUGCGGCUUCCAUGAUCCGGGAAGGUCUCCCGGUUACGUGCAGGCACCUCAGCACGUCUGAUUUAUUCCAUCCCGAAUCUUUCGUGCCAGCAGGAAGUAGGGACACCAUCCUGCAAGCUCUACAAGAUGCAGUUCGUGAGGCGAAGGCGAAUGCAUCGAGUGAGAUUCCAAGCCCCAGUAUCCGACCUGCCGAGUUGAUUGAUGUGUCUGUGCCGAAGUCUCCAGUCAGUAUUUUGGACUGGACAGUGGAUAGAGCUGUCCAUGUUCAGGUACAGCCUAUCGACGCCACUCAGCUCUUCUCCCGGAAUAAGACAUACGUUCUGGUUGGUCUCUCGGGGCGGCUUGGCCAGUCGAUCUGUCAGUGGAUGUCCCAAAAUGGGGCUGGCUGUAUUUGCCUUACUAGUCGUACCCCCAAAGCGGAUCCGGAAUGGCAGGCUGGAAUGGAGAAAAAGGGUACCACUGUCAAGUUCAUUCCCAUGGAUGUUACAAACAAGGAUGAUGUUGAAAGAGUUUUCGCAGGCCUCAGGGCUAACUCUCCACCAAUUGCUGGCGUUGCAAACGGCGCAGCUGUCUUCCAUGAUGCCACGUUCUCAGAAAUGACACAUGGAAUCUUGGAGGAGGUAAUGAACCCCAAAGUCGUCGGAACUAAAAAUCUUGACGAAGUGCUCGGUGAUGCUGAACUAGACUUCUUCAUCGUCUUCUCAUCUCUUACAUCAGUUGUCGGCAAUAGUGGGCAGUCCAAUUAUACAGCUGCGAAUGCCUACAUGACUGGCCUGGUCGGCCAGCGGCAUAAGCGAGGUCUCGCGGCCACCUCUCUGGAUAUCGGCUCCAUUGUUGGUAUCGGAUACCUGGAGCGUGCCAGUGAUACUGCCAGAGAGCAAUUAAUUCGAAAUGGCUUCACGGCUGUCUCCGAAACGGAUUUGCAUCAACUGCUUGCUGAGGCCAUUCGAGCUGGCGCGACCAAUUCCGGUGCGAGCCCGAUUGUGACUACCGGUUGCCGGAAUGUGCAAGAGGGUGAGGAGUUCCCCGUGCCGUGGAUUGACGAUCCACGCAUGCAGCACAAAGUCAUUUUAGGAAAACAGUUUUCAAAGGCCGAUGUUGGCGGCAAGAAGAGCAUCCUUCCCGUCCGUGACCAGCUCGCUGUAUCGAAAAGUACCGCAGAUGCGCUUGAAAUCUUGAAAGAGUGCUUCGCCGCCAAAUUGGCAAUGAUUUCGCGACUUGCCGAUGGGCAAGUCGGCCACGACAUACCCCUUGUCGAGCUUGGCAUCGACUCAUUAGUUGCCGUUGAGGUGCGCGGGUGGUUCUUAAAGGAGCUCAAGACAGACAUUCCGGUACUCAAGGUUCUUGGGGGUGGCACCGUUGCUACUUUGUGUCAACAGGCCCUGGCAAAGCUACCGGAAGGCCUUCUCCCGAACGUGGAAGCUGGAGGCGCAUCCAAGGCGGGAUCAUCUAAGCCCGCAGCCAAGCCUCCGGUUGCGAAACCCAGAUCGCCGCCCUCGCCGUCUGCCUCCGAGACGAGUUUACUGGGAAGAUGGAGCGAAAGCAACACGAGAUCUCCCCAAUCGACAUCGUCAAGUGACCAGUCCCCUUCCAGCACCCCAGCAACUGUCCUGUUCAAUGUUCCCUCAAAUGUUGAUUUAACGGAGGUUGCAAAAUCAGCGAAGCUUCUAACUCCUUCCUCUGACUUCGUGAAGACAGAACUGGUAUCCUUCCAACAAUCACGAUUCUGGUUCCUAGGCCUCCUGAUAGACGACCCGGCGACCUUCAACGUCACCUUCUACCUCCGCAUCUCUGGCAACCUGCGUACUGGAGAUCUCGAGCGUGCCGUUCGCCUAGUCACUAACAGGCACGAGUCGCUGCGGACAUGCUUCGUGGCCCAUGAGCAGGAGGCAGACCUAGCCUAUCAAAAAGUUUUGCCCAACUCACUUGUACGGCUGGAGAAGAAGAAGAUCAACAGGGUUGAGGAUGUUGAGAUCGAGUAUGCUGCCAUGAAGCAAGUUCCGUUCGAUCUCGCCAGUGGCAACUUGAUCCGACUAGUUUUGCUCGCCCUUUCCCCCUCAGAGCACUAUCUUCUUUUCAACUACCACCAUAUCCUGAUGGAUGGGGUCAGCCUGCAGAACUUCCUCGCCGACCUUGAGAAAGCUUAUCAGAGACAGCCCCUUGGUCCAUUUCCUUGCCAGGUUCCCGAAUUAUCGCGAGCUCAGCGAGCUGCGUUUGAGAGCGGCGAUUUCAGUGAAGACAUUGCAUACUGGAAGAACGAGUUCCCAAACGGACACCCCCUACUACCGCUCUUGCCCAUGUCGCACAUGACUUCGCGUAUGCCGCUUAAUUCAUUCAAUGUCCACCAAGUGGAGUGGCGAGUGGGUUCCGAGCUGAUGGCUAAAGUUCGGGAAGCAGCCAGAGUCAAUGCCUGCACGACCUUCCACUUCUAUCUUGCCACGUUCAAGGCCAUGCUAUUCCGCUUCACCGACACUGGCGACUUGACAAUUGGCAUUGCUGACGCCAACAGAAUUAAUCCCGAUGUUGAAGGCACCAUUGGGCUCCUUUUGAACCUCCUCACGCUACGCUUUAAACGCGACUCCAGCCAGACAUUUUCUCAGAGCGUCGGGGAGGCCCGCGGAAAGGCGCUGGAAGCCCUGCAACACUCCAAUGUGCCGUUCGAUAUUUUGCUUAAGGAACUCAAUGUGCCUCGAUCCUCGUCAUACAGUCCAUUCUUCCAGGCCUUCUUUGAUUAUCGCCAAGGUCAUCAAGAAAAGUUGUCUUUUGGCAGCACUGAGUUUGAGUUUUUGCAGGUCCAUCCUGGACGUACCGCAUAUGACAUGACUCUCGAUGUAACAGAUGGUGCAGAUAGUGCGCGCAUCCUGUUCCGCACACAAUCCAGCCUUUACGACAAGACGGCUGCGCAGCUACUACUGAAUACGUUUGUCCACCUCUUGGAUACAUUCGCAACAAACACUUCGUUGAAAUUGGACGAUUUUGCCUUAUUCAGCGACCAGGAGCUGAAACUCGCACUUAAUGUGGGACAUGGUCCCAAUUUUGAAUCUUCCUGGCCUGGCGGCACACUUCCUCAUAGAAUUGAUCAGAUUGCCAAAGAGAAUGAGGAUAAAGUAGCUUUGAAAGACGGCUACGGCAGAAUUCUCACGUACGGGGCUAUGACCGAUCGCAUCGAAGCCAUUGCUGCAGCCUUGCAGCAGGUUGGUGUUGGCGAGAGCUCUCGAGUCCUCGUUUUUGAGGAUGCGACCACUGACUGGCCCUGUGCAAUGCUGGCGAUCAUGCGUCUUGGAGCUGUAUAUGUUCCAUUGGAUCUUCGAAACCCGCUGCCUCGCCUUGCAGACGUUGCAGGGAGCUGUGAGCCGGUUGCUAUCAUCGUCGACUCCACAACCGUUGACAACGUCGCACAAGUGAACGUUACACUUGCAGAAGUCGUCAAUGUAUCUGAGGUUGCCUCGAAGUCCGUCAGCGUGCCUAAUGUGUCUCGCAGCGAUGCUGUUGCCGCACUUCUCUAUACGAGUGGGUCGACGGGCAAGCCCAAAGGCAUCGUGGUGACGCACUUAGGUCUCCGCAAUGAGAUUGAGGGCUAUACAUGGCAGUGGGGUCUGAAAGCAGAACGGGUGCUCCAGCAAAGUGCUUUUACCUUCAACCACUCGUCAGAUCAGAUUUACACGGGCCUAGUUAACGGAGGUUCUGUAUAUAUCGUGCCUUGGGACAAGCGUGGUGAUCCUAUUGAGGUGAGCAAGAUCAUCAAUGAGGAGAAGAUCACCUACACAAAGGCCACUCCUGCCGAAUACUCACUCUGGCUCGAUUACGGAAGCGACAAUCUCAAGCAGGCCUCUAGCUGGCGUUUUGCCUUUGCAGGUGGCGAGUCUCUAACUGGGACACUUACGAGGAGCCUCGCAACCCUGCACCUGCCCAAUCUACGUUUCUUCAACUCUUAUGGACCGACCGAGGUCUCUAUCUCGUCGACCAAGAUGGACAUUGCGUAUCGCGAGCCACCCCCAGAGGGCCGCAUUCCCUGUGGCUUCAUGCUCCCUAACUAUGCGGCGUACAUUCUGGACGACCAGCGCAAACCGGUACCCAUCGGCAUGCCAGGCGAAUUGUACAUCGGUGGCGCGGGCGUAUCCCUUGGCUACCUAGACAACGAGGAGCUCACAGAACAACACUUCAUCCCAAACCCAUAUGCCAUACCAGAGUAUGUUGCACGGGGCUGGACGAAGAUGUAUCGUACAGGUGAUAUCGCACAUCUUCAAGAGGAUGGGGCAAUGGUGUUCCAUAACCGUAUCGCGGGCGAUACGCAGGUGAAGAUACGUGGUCUCCGAAUCGAACUCGGUGACAUCGAAAGCAACAUCAUCAAAGCAGCUGGCGGUGCUCUGAAGGAAGUCGCCGUCACAUUACGCGAUGGCGACCCGCCUAUCCUAGUAGCACACGUUGUGUUUGCCCCUCGCCAUCACAUUGUCGACACGGAAUCGUUCCUGGCUCACCUCCUGAAGAACCUAGAUGUGCCGCAAUACAUGGUUCCUGUAAUGGCCAUCCCCUUGGACCGUAUACCAUUGAGCAACCACUCCAAGACGGACCGCACGGCACUCAAGGCCCUCCCGUUGCCGCAGAGAGCCAAACAUGACAAUGAGGAUAACACGGAGGCAUUGACAGAAACUAUGCUGGAGCUUCGACAGCUCUGGGUAGAUGUGCUAAAUACUGGGGAACUAGGUCUCGACAUUGGUCCGUCGACAAGCUUUUUCACGGUCGGUGGCAACUCCCUGCUCAUUGUACGGCUCCAAUCGCGCAUUCAGCAGACAUUCAACGUUACGGUGCGGCUCUUUGACCUCAUUGAUGCCAGUACUUUGAGUGACAUGACGCAAAAGAUCGAGGAGAGCUUGAGUGUCGACCUGAUAGACUGGGACAAAGAGACGGCCUUGCUCAGUGACCUUCCUGUAUCGGAGGCCAGCAACGACCAUCCCCUUAAGACGACUGAUAAAGUGAUCCUCGUUACCGGCUCUGGGGGCUUCUUAGGCAAGCACAUCCUAGUCGAGCUCAUUGCCCGACCGGAUGUAUCUAAGAUUCACUGCAUUGGUCUCCGCAACAAGCCAGGUAACACGCCCCGCCGCCUAGCUUUGAACUCGACCAAGAUAAUCACCCAUGGUGGCGAUCUGACCGAGCCGUGGCUUGGCCUUGGCGAGGAGACAUUCGCAUCGCUUGCUCUGGAGGUGGAUGCGAUAUUGCACAUGGCUGCGACGCGGUCCUUCUGGGACAAUUACAGCCUCCUCCGCCCUAUCAACGUGACGCCCACAAAACUCCUGGUCCAAAUGGCUGCUGGGCGCCGGAUACCAAUACACUAUAUCUCCAGUGCGGGUGUCGUCUCUGCGGAAAGCGUCGAAAGCACUGCAGGAUCAGCAGCGAAGCAUCAACCGCGCGUCGAUGGCUCCAACGGCUACGUUGCGUCGCGAUGGGCGUGCGAGCAGAUCCUCGAGCGUGCUGUCUCGGUUCUCGACGUGCCUGUCUCAAUUCAUCGUUUUGUCCCAGCCAAAGAGCCUACAAAUGACACGAUUGUGGCAGACGCGCUGCAGCAUUUCCUUGGCUUCGUCGAUGAUCUGUCCAUCAUGCCCGAAUUCAACGGUACGACAGGUCAUUUCGAGAUGACUCCUGUCUAUACAGCUGCUGGUGAGCUUGCAGAAAACCUUUUGAAGACCCCGACGCAAGAAUCGCUGCUAUUGCAAUUUUUGCAUCAUGACUGCCACAUUCGCAUUGACAUUGGUGAAAUGGUGGCCUUCUUGGAGGAGGAGAGAGGAGGCAGGGGUCUGGAGAGGGUCCCGGGACUCAAGUUUGUGGGAGACAUGAAGCGAGCGGGUUUGGCUUACUUUGUGACGUCACAGAUGCUUCUCAUGGGUGGAAUAGAUGGGAGUGCAGUGUUGGAGUCGAGGCGAUAA